UUGGCAGAAAACCGUCUUCACACGGUAGAUGAAAACUUGUUCAACGGAUUAUUUGUUCUAAGUAAAUUGACACUCAAUAACAAUUUACUUGUAAAUAUUGACAGAAAAGCUUUUAAAAAUUGCUCUGACUUGAAAGAAUUAGACUUGAGUUCAAAUCAAUUAAUAGAAGUUCCUGAUGCAUUGUGGGAGCUUCCUUUUCUUAAAACCCUUGAUUUGGGAGAGAAUCAAAUAUCAGAUUUUAAAAAUGGAUCAUUUAAAAAUUUAAAUCAAUUGACUGGAUUGAGAUUGAUUGACAAUCAAAUCGGAAAUUUAAGUGCUGGUAUGUUUUGGGAUUUGCCAAGUUUACAAGUUUUGAAUAUUGCGAAAAAUAAGAUCCAAUCCAUUGAACGAGGAACAUUUAGUCGAAACUCUCAACUGGAGGCCAUUAGAUUAGAUGGAAACUUCUUGUCGGACAUUAAUGGAGUUUUUUCAACACUUGCGAGUCUAUUGUGGCUCAACCUAUCGGAAAAUCAUUUAGUGUGGUUCGACUAUGCGUUUGUGCCUAGUAAUUUAAAGUGGUUGGACGUUCACGGCAAUUUUAUUGAACAUUUAGGUAACUAUUACAAAUUACAGGAUGAAAUUCGUAUAAAAACUUUAGAUGUAAGUCAUAACAGAAUUGUAGAAAUAUCACCAAUGUCUAUACCUAAUAGCGUUGAAUUAUUGUUUAUAAAUAAUAAUUUCUUAAAUAAUAUUCAUGUUAAUACGUUUUUUGAUAAAAAAAAUCUUACUCGUGUGGAUAUGUAUGCUAAUGAAAUAGUGCAUUUAGAACUAAAUAGUUUACGUUUGGCUAAUGUGCCCAUGAACAAAAGUUUACCUGAAUUUUAUAUUGGUGGGAAUCCUUUUAAAUGUGAUUGUACAAUGGAGUGGUUACCGAUUGUAAACAAUAUGACUGCUAUGCGGCAAUAUCCGCGCGUAAUGGACAUAGAAAACGUGUUGUGUAAAAUGACGAACACUCGUAGCGGGACCCAAGUACCCCUAACCAAUCUUAAGAAAUCGGACUUUCUAUGUGCGUAUGAGACUCAUUGUUUUGCUAUUUGUCAUUGCUGCGAUUACGACGCGUGUGACUGUGAAAUGACCUGUCCACAAAAUUGUACUUGCUAUCACGACCCGUUAUGGAACACUAACGUCGUUGAUUGCUCCGGACAAUCGUCGAUGGAAAUCCCACACAAGAUACCGAUGGAUGCAACUGAAGUAUUUUUAGAUGGAAACAACAUAAGAGAACUACAAAACCACGUUUUUAUUGGACGACAAAAGAUGCGGUCUCUUUAUGUGAAUAAUAGUAACGUAGACAGUAUUCAAAAUAGAACUUUUGCUGGCCUCAAUGCUUUACAAAUACUUCACCUGGGAAACAAUAAGUUGCGAGAAUUGAAAGGAUAUGAGUUUCACCAAUUAAGUAAUUUAAAAGAAUUGUUUUUACAAAACAACCUCAUUAGUCAUAUCGCGAACAUAUCAUUCUUGUCACUAAAAUCGCUAGAAACUUUACGUUUAGACGGCAAUAGAUUGGUUGACUUCGGAGUAUGGAGUUUCACCGACAACUCUAAUCUGAAAGCAUUAUCACUGGGUAAUAAUUUAUGGUCAUGCAAAUGCCGUUAUCUACAAGAAUUAACAGCAUAUUUAGCCGAAAACGCUCAAAAAAUAAUAGAUAUAACCGACGUAUGGUGUUGGAAUGGAGACGCAAAGCCGCCACAGAAAAAAGAGCUUAAUUUAAAUGGAACAGCCUGCAGCGAUUAUUACGCCGAUAAUUCAGUCAUCGGAAAUAUGUUGGUGUCAAACUAUGUUCCCAUGAUGGUCUCAACUCUUACUGGUUUUAUGUUAAUUUUAUUAGCUCUUGUGGUACUAUUUCUUUUUAGAGAUUCGUUACGAGUUUGGCUUUAUACAAAUUGUGGCAUUCGUGUAUUUUCACUCUCCAAUGGUUACGAAGAAAACGAAAAAUUAUAUGAUGCAUAUGUUUGCUACAGCCCAAAAGACGAAGAACUGGUAUUACAAAUUUUUGCCAACGAAUUAGAAAACGGAAAUUCAUCAUAUAAUCUUUGCCUUCACUAUAGAGAUAUUCCGCAUCAUGGCGCGCAAUACAUGCAAUAUGCUCCACCAGUACUUGAUUUUGCUGAAGCAUCUAAACGGAUUAUAUUAGUCUUAACACGAAAUUUUAUGCAAACUGAGUGGUCCCGCUUUGAUUAUCGAAAAGAAUUCCAUGAAGUUUUAAAAGGAUAUGUUUAUAAGUUAGUUUUAAUUGAAGACUAUUCAGUAGUUCAAGAAGCGAUGUGUGACGAAGAACUAAGACCAUACCUUAAAACUGGGUCAAGAUUAAGAUAUGGUCAAAAAAAUUUUAUGGAGCGCCUUAAGUAUAUGUUGCCUGAUUCAACACAAUCAAACCAUAAGAAAAGAAACUCAUCUAAUUGUAGAAAAAAUAUUAAUACUUAUACUUUAGACUCAUCUGUCCCUAAUGGUGGCAAUAGAACUUUAAGUUAUCCUGAUAAGUCACCUGUAUUGGGAAACAGCGGUCAAGGCGCUAGUGCUCCACCAGAGUAUAGUACAGAAGUAAGACAAUCGCCUUCAACUAUGCGACAAAUUCAAGGAGUCUCCUAUGGCCCAGAUGGUAGACCAAUAUCCGAUCAUAUUUAUUCCUCAAUAGACUCGGAUUACUCAUCCUUAGAGCAAGGCAUGGCACCAGGCAGACGAAGAGAUAUGCGGCAAUGGCCACCCCCGCCACCCAUUGUAGAUACAGGUAGCGGUGGCGUACAAGCUUACCUAGUCUAG